ACCAUGUACAACCAACCCCAGUACUUACCAUGUCUACAGCUCACCUGAUGCCUUCGUCGCUCCUCCGGGCCACCCAACUGUUCAGAUGUCGCCCACAACGCGUUGAAUUGCCUCUUCAUCGUGCCCUAGCGACAUCUUCCAGGGCCUGUCAAGCGUCCAUCACGACAGGCGCUCGCGUGGACUAUGCCGAGUCGGACGAGAACCGUACAGUGGCAGCAAUGGGCCGCACAAAGUCGGGCACAGCGCUGAAAGUGCGCAAAUACCCCACUUUCUUGUCCCUUGAAGAUGAGCGCCUCUAUCGCAAACAACAUCUCGCAGCUGCAUAUCGCAUAUUUGCCUUGCGUGGCUUCGAUGAGGGUGUUGCCGGCCAUAUCAGCGUACGCGAUCCGAUCUUGACCGACCACUUCUGGCUCAACCCGCUAUCUGCCCACUUUUCUUUGAUCCGUGUGUCUGAUUUGAUAUUGGUCAAUGAGGAGGGCGAGGUCGUGGAGGGAGACCAGCCGAUCAAUGCUGCUGCAUUUGCCAUUCACAGCGCCAUACAUAAACGGAGACCUGACGUGCAUGCCGCGUGUCAUGCGCACAGCGUACAUGGAAAGGCAUUCAGUGCCUUUGGGAGGGAACUGGAUAUGAUCACACAAGACAGCGUACGUUUCUACAAGAGCCACGGCGUGUAUAAUCAAUUCGGUGGCGUUGUAUUAGCAAGCGAGGAGGGAGAGCGGAUAGCCAAAGCGCUCGGCGACGGCAAAGCAGCUAUCCUGCAAAACCACGGCAUCCUCACCGUAGGCGGGUCUGUCGACGAAGCGGCCUUUUGGUUCCUAUCGCUCGAUAAAACCUGCCAAGCACAACUCCUUGUAGACGCGGCGGCGGCUGGGAGCGGACACAAGCCCAAGAUUAUACCGGACCGAGAGGCGGCCGAGACGUACAAGCAGGUAGGAACGCCCGAGAAGGGCUGGCUGGCUUUCCAGAGCUAUUAUGAUGAGAUACUCGCCAAGACCAAAGGGGAAUUUUUGGCCUAAGUUGAUAUGUCAAAUCGAUCACGCGCGGAGCUGCAUGACUUGAGCUUUGCCUGAUCAUAGUCUGCGAACCCUGCAUCUAAGCGUAGGAAACUUUCUAUCCUUCUCCCACGUUCAACGGGAGGAAAGUGUGAGAAAGCCCUGUAGAGCUCUCGCCAAAAUCAGGUAAUCGAUGGUUCUUCAGUUUGGGACGCCAAGGAUGGGUACUAUGGUACUGUAGAGGAGAUAGAAAAUCUCCGUUCAACCGGACCUCAUCUGUAUUGCGUAUAGCUGUUCCUUGACAUUCGCAAACUUGCCACGCCUUUCCUUAAUACUUUUCGAGAGUCUUGUCGCAGUCAGAUGGCUGGUAGUACGGACUAGAUAGAAGAGCUCAUAUCUUCAGACAA